GGAUACGGAGACUCGGACAUACCAUCGGUAUUAGCUAUCCAAGUUUGCCUACGCCGCACAUCAAAUCAGGCGUUCAAGUGUUCGGACUCUCCUUUUCUGCCCCACCAUUUGCUGUCACCGAUGGUAUCUCAGUAACCCAACGGUAUCGUCCGCAAAUUUCCCUUGGCUAGAUUACAGGAAUUAUUGGAAUGGGUCUUGGUUCUACCAGCAGUACAACUGCUGUCGGAACUGUCAUCGGCUUCGAAAUUAUCACUGGGGCAGGUUAUGGCGCUAAAUUUUCGAGCCUCUACUUCCCAGUCCUUGCGCCGUUGUCUAUAUCCUCUGAUGCCUUGGCUCUGGCCUUCUUCUCAUUCGUGACGAUAUGGGGCGUAAUCAUAAGGGGUGCUAUCCUCCAAAAUCGACUCGUCAAGAAACUCCCCCAGCAACUACUGGCUCAAUCCUCACUGCAGAUUGACGUCGUUUUCGAAGUCAUUCCUCUUAACGGCGAAUAUACAAGUAGCCCAGUGGCUAGAUGAUCCCUUGCACCGGCGCCCGUGUGGGAACCUAAUAAUAAUAGAUGCCAGUUGCUCUUUCUUAAGUGCCAUACCGUUAAAUACACUCUCGUAAGAGGUCUCAUUUCGAUGCAAUGCCAUUCGCUACGUUCCAAAUUUAGCUCUUCAACUCAG